CCUUCGUACCCAAGUCACAUGGAUCUGCAAGUGUGCGUUAUAUACUAUAACUCAGCCUCACGCUGCCAGUACCAUUGAUAUGCUGUUGAGCUUUCUUCUCCGCCCAACUAUGUCCAAAAGGAAUACAAGUCAGAUUUAGCUCAACGUUAUGGACACCGCCGGGAUCAAGCCGUCCACCAUGCGGGCGGUGCAGUACAGCGGCUACGGUGGUGGUGCCGCAGCCCUCAAGUAUGUGGAGAUCCCUGUGCCGUCACUGAAGAAAGAUGAAGUUCUUAUAAAAGUUGAAGCAGCAAGCAUCAAUCCUGCGGAUUGUAGGAUCCAGAAAGGGCUGCUACGUCCUUUUCUCCCUUUUAAAUUUCCAUUUAUUCCAGUUACCGACGUUGCCGGAGAGAUUGCUGAGGUUGGUACCGAAGUACGCGAGCUCAAAGUUGGCGACAAAGUGGUGUCGAAACUGAAAUUCUGGAAAGCCGGUGGCCUCGCAGAGUACGUUGCAGCAUCCGAGAGCGUCACGGUUGUCCGCCCCGCUUGCGUAUCUGCAGCCGACGCAGCGGGGCUGCCAAUGGCCGGCCUCACCGCUCUCCAGGCCCUGAAGGCCAUCGGCACCAAGUUCGACGGCACGGGCAGCGCCAGCAACAUCCUGAUCACGGCGGCGUCCGGUGGCAUCGGCUCUUACGCCGUCCAGCUCGCCAAGCUUGGGAACCACAGCGUCACCGCCACCUGCGGCGCGCGCAACCUGGACCUCGUCGAGAGCAUCGGCGCCGACGAGGUGCUCGACUACAAGACCCCGGAAGGAGCGGCACUGAAGAACAGCUCCGGGAAGAAGUAUGACUACAUCGUCAACACCACGGACGGCGGCAAGUGGUCGGCGUUCAAGCCGAGUCUCAGCAGCAACGGCAGAGUCGUCGACGUAUCGCCCAACUUCGGGAACUUUGUCGCGUCGAUUCUGACGUUGUUCUCGAAGAAGAAACUGUCCACGGUUAACCUGUCGCUGGGUAUGGAGGACCUGAGUUUUCUGCUUGAGCUCGUGAAGGAAGGUAAGCUCAAGAUGGUCCUCGACUCGCGGCAUCCAUUCGAGAAGGCAGCGGACGCGUGGGAGAAGAGUUUGAGUGGCCAUGCCACGGGGAAGGUCAUAGUUGAGAUGUGAUCAUGUCAGUUUCAGUGUUUACCCGCAAAAAAAAAAGUUUCAGUGUUGAUUUCUCCAUCUGUGUUUUUUAUGUGAGCUCCAUGGAUGUAAUAUAUAUUUAUUUAAUCAGAUUUUUUAAACACACUACAAA